ACCUGUUGAUAAUAAUAAUGUUAUAUUGUUGUAGGUAGACAUAUUUCUCGAAGAAAGCCUUAGACGUGAAGACAUGUUAUAUUUGUGUGUGCUUACCGCAUAUAAUAAUAUGUAUGCCUGUAUGUAUGUAUAGGUAAAAACAAUAACUGAACGAAAACAAAUAUGGAAAAUCAACGCCGCAGCACAAACCGAAUGAAUUAUAAUAUAUUUGAAAGGAAAUUUAAAGUGACGGUGAUCACUUCUUCUUGGUCGUAUACAUUAUUAUUUAUUAUUGUAUACGAUUGCGCCUCCCUCUCUAACCGCCGCGCUAUAAGCUGACCGGAGUUCCGCGUGUGAACCUUAUCGCCCGAACAGUUAGAUUCCAGUCUUGACACUAUAGCGACGACGGGUAACACUUUAAUAUCGUUCACAAAAAAAAAAAAAAAAAAAACAAAAAACAGUAGGUUGAUUUUUAAAAGUUUUCACGUGUCGUGUCAUAAAGUACAAAAUUAUUAAAUUCGUAUACUCGUAUUAAUUGUACACAAUAUAGGUAAACGUAUAUUAAUAAUCUAACUCGACGACUAUCUACCGUGAAAAUUAUCAUGACGGAAACCGUGGUCACCGUUCAAAAUCCCACUGCUGAGCCCAAACCGGCCGGAAAACCUGGAGUGGAAAACGGAAACAUUAACAACGUUUUCUCUUGGGUGGAAAUCAAUUACAAGUACUUCAAGACCUUGCCAGGAAUAUUGAAAUUGGCUCAAUUGGUAAGUUUUUUGAGAUGUCAUAUUAUAAUUACAGUUAUAAUAAUACCUAUAUACGCACCUGAACCAACACGCGUAAAACGACCGAAAGAAAAUGUACUAUUAAAAAAAAAAAAAAUUAACAAAAUGUUUCUUUUUUUUUCUUUUGAUCCGAAGAUUGGUUUAUAACACAUUUAUUCACAGCAGAUGAUUUCUCCAUAUUCCCGUGCUAUCCAUCUUUGAUCCUGUCCUGAGCUCUUUGUAAGAAGGAACUCCCGUAACAUUCAUGGUCUUCUUCAUCGUGAUCCCUCCGUCAUUCCUCCAAUUAUUAAUCCGUUACCAUGUCUCAGCGUGUGUAAUUUCAACAGUAUCUACAAUUAUUAAUGUUUGUUUCUCUUCUAACAGUCCAAAUGAAAUACAAUUUUAAUAUAGUUAGGUAUUAUAUACAGGUCAUAGGUAGGCAAAGGUACAAUUGAAACGGAUGAAAUAGCAUUCCAUUGCGAGUUUCGUCUUUGGAUAUUCCGCGGCAGAACGCUGUAUGGGCGUCUAUCUCCGUGUUGCUUUCAUAUAUUGUACGUUUUUAUGGAAAUCGCUUAGACACUAUAACAGCUAACAAGUAGGUAUACAAAAAAAAAAAAAAAAAUAAAAAUAACAAUUCCACCUAAUUAUAUAUACUUCAGUCUGCAGUAAAAUGACGUAGUUCCAGUCAACUAUAAUAAUAAUAAUAAUAAUAUAAACUCUACGGUGUACCUAUACGACGUAGUUGACCGCUGCUGCUAUGGAAUUUCAAGUUAAUUUUGUGGUCGAACUUCGAACCAACCGGCCGAAUAAUAGAAUAUAAUAUCUUUGGAGAAAAUUAAAAAAAACUGAACCGAAAACAAUCAAGUGCAAUUGUAUUAUUAAAUUUAAAUAUCCAAUUCCGACUCCGAAGAUAAUACCUAAUAAAUGUACUUACCUAUAUAGUAUGUACUAAAUAUGAUUAGGUUUUUUUUUUUUUUUUAAUACACCCACAAUAAUGAUUCACGAUGCAAUUCACCGGAAGACUUAAAAUUAGCGUAUUCGGGAAUAUAAAUACGAGUAACCAAUUUACAUAACUUUAUAGACGAAUAAAAUGCGAAGUAAAUGUAAACAAAAAGAUGAUACUGCUAAUGGGCGUACCCACUAUUGUAGGUGGGUAGUUGGGACGGUAGGAUACACUAAGUUAUUUAAUUUACAUCUGUACGCAACGAUAAACGAUACUGAGCGAAAUUCGGUUAGGUAUACAUAUUCUGAAAUGUCAUCAUUUUUACGAUUUUCAUUAAAAUUUAUUCUUAAAAUGUUUAUAAAAAAUAUAAAAUUACUACAUAAUUUACAUUCAAUUAUAUUAUUAUUAUUUAUUACUAAACAAUUCGGUGUUAUUUAAUUUUUAACAAAAUACGGUUAGAUAAAUUGUCGACUUCAUACAUUCGGGCUGCGAAUCCCGACGGAUAAGUAUAAAACUAUAUUUCGAUCAAAAAAAAAUAUAUGAUUUUAUGGGAUUUAAGCGAGUGCAUUUGUGGACGAUGUACAUUGUAUUAACAGUUUUUUACGACUAUAAACAUCAUAUUGCGAAGAGUAUGUAAUAUUAUUACAUCACCGAAUUAAAUAAUUGGCAGUUUUCUUAUUUUUUAAAUAUAAAAUAAUUAUUGUAUUUCAGCGCGCACGCGCAAAACUCAAAAUAAAAAAAAUAACACAUUAGCCCACAUUAUCAUAGCCAAUCCCCACCGUCGUGGAUCUCAUCGAAAUAGGUUUAAACGUUGUAUUCUUGGCGCACCUUAUGGAAGUCACUUCCAUCAUCACAAGGCUAUAAUAUACAAUAGUAUUUUUUCGUGUUCACAUACCUAACCGACGACAAUUUAAUAGAAAUAUAAACGUGUAUUUAAUUUACAAUUAUUGUUUAGCGAUUUGUUUGAGUAAUUUUUUGUACUUUAUGAUAUUUUUUUUUGUAUACGGUAAUAACACGUUUUUUUUAUCGGUAUAUACGGUCACACGUAUAAUAAAGAAUCGUUAUAAUAAGUAUCCAAAAAUAAUAUAACAAUAAUUACGAGUAAUAUCUUCUAUUUCAUCAUAAAUCUCUGCAAGUUUAUGACGACCCUUAUUUGGCACCGAUUUUCGCGUGAAAUAUAAUAAAUCUCAUAGAAAUUCGCUCGGAAUACAAUAUUCUACUAAUAUUGUUUUAGGCCAAAAUUGGCACCGAAUCGGUUAUAAAAACGUGUAGAGAUUUGGGAACGUGUGAAAUUUGAACGAACAUAUUAUUAUAUGUUAUGUUUUCCAUUUCCCCUCGGCUUUAUCCAUAAACCUGUUGUAGGUUUUUGUUGAUUAGGCAGCGAGUUUUUGGUUUACACAUAGGAUACUAUAACUUCCAUGGAACAGUAUAUCAGGCUUGGACCAAUAUAAGUAGGUUAUGAUUGGUAAAACUCCUAAAACUCAUUCGGCUACGUUUCGGCUUGGGCCGAAUUCGGACACGGUCUGUAAAAACAUCAGCAGGGCUGUAUUUUUUAAUAAAUAAUAAUUUUACUAUUUUUUUUUUUUUUUUAAUCCCGAUAUGAUUUUCCGUUAUACGAAAAACCUAUAUAGUUACUACGGCGUAUCCACAGUUAUAAAAAAAAAAAUAUAAUGUACCGAGCAUUCUAAAAAUAUGUAUGCCCAAAUGUUUUGUGAAUAUUAUUUAGCUGUUUAAUAAAUAUGUCUGCAAUUUUAAAUGACGGGAAACUAUGAACUAAUUUUUUUAUUCAAUCCCUGCGGUAUCGAAUUUGCUGAUUAAACAAUAAUACUCUUGCAAUACAUAUACUAAUUCGUUAAAAUGUUCGAAAAAAACGCAUAUGAAGAAUAUGAGAUGUUUUAUUUUUAGUAGCUGGCUUCUGUAAAAAAAAUAAUUAUUAUAAUAAAAAUCGCAAUAACGAUACUAAUACUUACUGCAAUAUUAAUAGUAUACGUUAUACUUAUAACUUGAAUUGCAGUUUAAGUAAACAAUAAAAGAUCAAAAAAAAUAAAAAUAAAAACAGUAGAUACCUAACAUGCAUAAUAUGCGCAACUAGAACUUUAUUUUUAUGAUAAUAGCGCCCUCCUUCCCACUAAAAAAAUUGUUGUUGGACGUUUUGGAUUUACCAUCGCAAAUACUGUAAUAAUAUUAUGAUAAGAUGAUAGUAAAAUUCAUUCACUUUUUACGUAUUAAUCAUAAUUUAGGAAACGAAUAAUUGUUGUUAAAAAACAAAUUUUCGUUUCAAUAACUUGGGUGGACUACGGACAAAACUGGCCGGGCUUAAUCCACCCUGCUUACCCCCCAGUUGCGCCCACGCUAACAAAAAAAUAUUUGACGUUUAGGUCUGUACCUAUAUAAUAGAGGAUACAGGUAGGUAGUUGUCGUCUCACGAAGUCAUGAUGAGUUGUUUAUUUGAUUUUUUUGUUUUAUAAAUAUAAUUUACGGCCGUCCGAUUCGUUUGUCGUCAAGCGACUUUGAGCGAUAUUAUUACCAGUUAUUUAACGCCGUACAUGGAUUCCAAAGACUUCGCAUACGUAUAUUAUUAUUAGAAACGUGACACAACUUUACUUCAUACAAGUAUCUAUAUACGACACGAAAUUAUAACGUUAAUAAUAAUUCAUAAGCUCCAGGCCAUCAUCGUUCGAAAACCCGAACGGCUUAGUAUUAUUACAACGAUAUAUUCGUAUACGGAAUGUAUGAAAUAAUUUUAAAAAAAUAAUAUAAAAAAUAAAUAUAUAUUACGAGUUAUUACGAGUCUGGGGAUAACGCAUGAUACCUAUAUACGUUAUUACGAGUCUAUGAGCGCGUUGAAAAAAAAAAAAAAAAAAAACUAUUGUGACACACUACCGGGUAACCCACGCGAAAGAAUAAGAAAAAAAUAAAAAUAAGAGUUCACCUAUAUAUACGGUACUAUACUUAUUAUAAUUUAUAAUACUGAAGCUCGUCUAACGUAUUAUAUUAUACAAAAACGAUACGCGUUUCGUAUACUCGUAUAUAUUAUACAGGACGAUCGUUUGAACAGACUUGAUUUUUUUUUGAAACUCAAACGGACAUGCUCGCAUAAUAUUAUGUAUUUAACCCCCCCCCCCCGAGAAUAAAAAAAUAUAGUUUAUGCGUUAUAUUAUUAUAAACACUUGUGUAAACGCACAAAUGCACACUCGUGUGUCUUUUUCGGCGCGCAUUAUUAUUACACAUAUUUAGGUACCUACUAUACGCACGCUCGAUUUUCAAAUAAUAUAGAAUAUUAAUGUUAUACUAUUACAACGACUAGAUACCCAUAUAAUCUAUUUGAAAGGUUUAUUUUUAUAAUAGCAACGUUGAUCUGUUCAAUAACACGUAAUUUGGACUUUGAAUGCGAGAAUUGAUCUAUUAGAUCCUGAGUGUAACGGAGAAGUUAAUAGUUUUACAAUAAGAUAUACAGUAAGACAAUGAGUUUUUUCUGCUCAGAAAAUACUUUUUUGGCCGUGAGGGGGGCAACCCAUUCACAUAUGAGGAAAUUUUACCUCGAAAAUCGUCACGCGUUGUAACCAAAAUCCGAGACUAUUAACCGAAUGUAAUGAGUCUGUUUAAUAUGUGAUUCUAAGUUUAGCCAAGAAUAUUUAUUAGUUUUACUGGUUUUUUUUUUUUAUUAAAAAACGCUUUAUUGUUAGUAAAAAUGUUCCAAUUUUUGACGCCAUACCUCAAAAGACGCGGAAUUUCUGCCCGAUGAUACUUUACUAAUAAAAUACUUUUUUUUAGUAAAAAUGUUCCAAAUUCAUGUCGUAAGAAUCUACAAAAAAGAGACAAAAUUAUUUGAAACGAAUUUCGAGAUUCACAACAGUUUUUCUAUAUGCAAUUUAAAAAGAAUGUCACAUGUCGAUACAUACGUCCAAGUAUUAUUUUUGUUGAUUUCUAGAUUACGUUCUCUACAAUACGAUAAUAAACACGACUACAAUAAGUAAUAUUAUUCCAUUCAGACUCAGUUUUUGGUCACAAUACUAUAUCGUUGUUUUUAAUACAUGAACUAAAUUACCCUAUACUUUAUAUACCAUUCAAACUCCUCAUCUACUACAAUAUCCCUACACGUGGUGCGAAGUGUCUCCGCCUUUUUAAAACUAUUUGCAAGUCAUAAGCCAUAAAAUAAAGGUAACCGAACGAUCGCCCGCCCCCCCUGGUGUUUUCUAUAAAGUUAAACGUCCCACUCAAGUUACGAAAUUGCCACAAGGGGACUAUCUAUAACACCUACGUUGGGAAUCACCAUUAGGUAUAUAUAUAAUAUACGUGUAUAUAUACCUAAUCAUAUGCCGGAAUCACUCUGUGUUUAUAUAUUAUUAGUCCCUGAAAACGAUCUUCCUUAAAUGUGUGAGGCCAACACAACAAAAACAACAAUGAUAAUGAUAAUAAUAAUGAUACGAUAUUGCAAGAAUAUUAAGUAUCUGGACACUCUGAACGGAUAAAGUAGGACGAUACGGUAUAAUAAUAAUAACAUCGCGUACGUUAUAAUAUAUUGCACGUCCGUUGCAACGGGUUUUUUUUUUUUUCGAGUUGAACUCCUACGCGCACCCGUCAUCCUUGCAGUAUUUGUUCCGUUUCCUUUAAACGAACGUCGACAGUAUUUGGCAUAUCAUAAUAAUUUAAUGUAACGCUACAAAAUUAGAGGUUAGGUACGUAGGUUACAAGACGAACUCCGUUUAAAAACGACGUCGUCGUCGUAAUGAAUUGUACCAAUUUCGGCCAGAUGACAUUGCCAUGUUACCGCCGCCGUCGAGUGCAAUGGUGAUAUUAAUUAUUAGAAUGAUCGCAAUAAAAAAAAAAAAUUAUGACAAUUAUAAGAUAAAUUAUUAUGCUACAGACAUACGGCAUUUGAUUAUUUCCGAGGGUCGGAUCCUAUGUUAUUUUACACGGUGUACCACCGUGUUUCCCCAAUAGUGUCUCGGUUUAUAUUCAAAUUAAAACAAAGAUAUCUAAUAAAUAGCCAAUCAAUACACGUUUUAGAAAUAGCCGGUUUAAUUUCCAAGGAGUUUACAAAUUUUAAGCUGCUCGUAUUAUAGUGCUGCGAUUGUGAUACCUCGUCCCGUAACUAAUCACGUAGUCGAACUUCUAGAAUUGAAUAUCUAGAAACUGAAACGGCUAUUACUCAGAAAAUAUCCAUCGGAUAUGUAUGUCAAAUUAAAAUGUCUAGAAUAAUAUAUCUAUUACAAAAUGCAUGCUAAUUCGAAAAUUGUUUGAACGAAUAACAAGUUUUUUUUUCCAGUGAUUAAGGGAUAGAAUACAAAUGUAAUUUUUCUGUAAAUAUAAGUCCCUCUCACAGAAAAUCGGAUUAAAAAAAAAAAAUUGAAUAUUGUCAAAGAUAUAAUAUAUUAUUGGAAAUCCUAUAUAUGACAACGUAUAGGACGACGGAAAGAGAGUUCGUUAUUAUUACACUGCAGGCUCUCAACGAACGAUUUCGCGAUAGCAGGUGACGUAUACACCAUAAUACAUAUACCUUAUAAUUUAAGUUCCUACAUGAAGACGAGAGUAAAAAUUAUAAAAAUUACGAUAUCCUAUAGUAUAUGAGCAUACAAAACGUGUGAUAUAGGCUCCCUUUUUAAGAUGUCUGGGAGUUACAAGAACGUUAUGCGAAAUCGCUUGCCCGCGUUUUGCGUUAGGUACGUGUUUCGUCGUCAUAAACACCAUGGAAAUGAACUAAUAUACUUUUAAACGUAAACGUUUCUAUCCUGAUUUUCGGAGUUUAAAAUGCACUGUAAACAUAUUAAAUAACGUAGAGCGUAUAAUGCGCCGUACGUAUAUAUUAUAACAGAUGAAAAAUAUUUAAAGUGCCAACAAAUACAACGUUUUAAAAACGUAUAAAAAAUAUACUCGACGACAUAAAAUCUAAAAAUAAUGAAUUUUAAACAUUAACACACAAAAAAAAAUAAAAGAAAAAAAUGUAUCUGCUGUAGUCAUAUUCGCUCAUCUUCUUAGAAUUACGGAUGUUGGACAUUGCAGAAAGUUUUCACUUAUGAUAUUCUUCUUCUUUUGCAGUAUAAGAUGCAAUAAUCUGUAUCUGAACUUGAUUAUCUCCCAUUGUGUGUUGUGUUCCAGAUAUUCUGUACUUACAGAGAUUUUAGAGCUAUCAGUAAUUCGUUUCCCCUUCGAAUUCUUCGAAGGAAGGAAAUUUAAUUUGGACACACAUUUGUCCUAUUUCUUAAUAAGACUCGAUUUUCCUGCUUGAUAUUUCUUUCGUCGUCAAAGUUUCAGCUCCAAAUAAUAAGAAACAUAUAGGUAUAGGAAAAAUGUAACAUCUUAGCAGCGCAAUUUCAGUAAAUUUAGUGAAAAAUCGUGAUGUUUGAAAACUGUAUACAUUUUACGGAAUGCGAUCCUGAAUUUUUCAAUCUUGCAUUUAAUUUCAAUUUAGUGUUCCCAAUCUUCAUCAAUCAAUACGCCUAGAUCCUUGAUAGUUGUAUUUUUGAACUUUUUCUAUUCGUUAAUCGUUCAUAUAUUAUGACGUAUACUAUUAUUAUUUGUCUUUCGGCCACGAACGACACGUUUACCUCGGUGCUGCAAUACCGAAACGCCAACAAUUUUUAAUCGCGCGUGUAUACUCACCUAGUAUUAUCUACAUGCGGGGCUGAUAACGGUUUAGCGGCACGAGAAUAACAGUACCAUGGGGGUCGACGAUAUUGCCCAAUAAUUCGAUUUACUGCUACGAAUAUAAUAUACUAUACUAAAAAAAAAAAAAAAAAUAAUAAUAAAAUAUUAUUUUAUUUUAGAUUACCUUACAUAUAUCGCUUCGCCAACGCGCGAAAAUGUUCAUAUAUACAUAAAUAAUUGUUGUAAUUGUACAUUUUAUCAUUGUAUAUAAUGCCUUUUACUGAUUUCGAAUAACAUAAUAAACUAUACAUAACAGUAGUUUUACCAAUGUGUUUUUUUUUUUUUUUUGUCGUCUAGGAAAAUAUACAUUUUCGAUUUAGUAUAAGACGUACUUUAUAUAAAUGCUCGAAAACUAAAAAAAAAAAAAACCGCACCAACCCAAUAAAACGUACGUAUACACUCGUUUAUCUUCAUCAUUUUUUUUUUACUUUUUGUUUAUCGAUUUCCGGUAACCUCGCGCUGUCACAUGCCUACCAACAACAAAAAUGAUCGAUAGAAUCUCUGCAGAUUGAACUCAGGUCUGCAAAAUCGUUAUUCGAUACAGCGGUACACUGAUUUAUCGGAACCACUCUUGUUAUAAUAUUCUGUCCAAUAUCUCCCCACUUAAAUCAGCUGUCUACCCGCGGUGCGAAACAUAAUAUGCCUAGUAUUUUUUCGCGGUUUAUAUCUACGGGAGUACCUAUAUAUUGUUUUGUUUUUUUUAACGCAAUUAUUCGAAUCAAUAUGAUUAUCAAGAUAUUAUUAUAUAACGUUAAUAUUGUCGCGGUACUUUUGACAUUUUCAAGUGCACCGCCCGUCCGCAUCCGAAUAAUUUCACGUUUUGUUAUUGACGCUAAAAUAUAUGAGCUCACAGUCGUCACGAACAAAAUACAAUAAUAUUUCACGAUUGAGAUAUAUUUUAUUGUACACGUUCACGAUUAGUUAUAUCGUUCGCCGUAUACAAGUGGGCUAAACCUACUAAAUAUGUACAAAAGAAAAAAAAAAAAAACGUCAUUAUUCUAACAGUAUUAUUAUGUCAUAUAUGUGUAAAAGGGGGCGUGCGUUACUUAUACAAGCCCGUCGACCAAUUUUAGAAGCGACGUAUCGAUUCGACGUCAUGACCGAUAUUAAUAAUUUAUUCCGCGGAUAGACUUAACAAGUACCGAAAUUAUGCGUUACAUUAUACUCCUGGCAUCAAGGUCCACCUGCCCCUAUAAUUUGGAAUCGACGGCAUUGACGCCGCCGCCGCCGCCGGACGUCGAGCAAAUUCACAUUUUGAAAGCUUCCAUUUUACCGUUCGAAAGAAAAUGUUUGUACAAACCACCGCAUUUCGAUUACAGGGUAUUUCUCGAAAACGCACAAAUCCAAUUCGAACUAAUUUUCGCGCGUAUAUAUUUUACUAUAGCGUACUCGUAGACAGGAUUUUUCAAUGCAAAAUACAUCAUUGUUCAGUACAAUUAUUUGUACUUAGUUGAAUAUUUAAUGCUAUUAUGCAAUUGUAUUAAAUAUUUUAUGAACAAUUAACUUUUCAAUGCCGAAUAUUUUGUAUUUUUUUUUUUUGUACUUGACACGGCCAGUUGAAUGGAGAAAACCCCUUAACUCUCCCCCUAGAUACGCCGCCGUCCAUACCUAUGACAAAUUUACGAAAAACGGAAUACGCAAUUUACCCUUUUUAACACGGUCGUAAUAUUUUUCAAUUUUUAUACCGCGUAACCUACCACGGAAACAGUUACACUCUGUACAAUGUAACAUAAUAUAUUAUUGAAUUUCGUUUGUACCGCAUGAAACAAGAUACUACACAUACUGAUGCAUCAUUUCCUAUGACUUAUAAUUUAUAUAACCCGUGGCUGUGUAUUACACAAUAAUUCAAUUUCUUUAACUAUUUAUAAAUCCCUAUUUUUAAUAUUCGGAUUGGUCGAUUUUUUUCAAGCCGUUUCGAUGUAUUCGUUAUAUCUAUUUGUAUUCUAAAUCCAAAAUACUAUACAAUUAGUAUUUUUUCGGUUUGUGAAAACUUAAAAAUCUAUUUUUGUAUUGGUAAUUAAUACUGAAACGGCACUCAUCCAGUUAGUUUUCGAUUUAAAAUACAAGUUGAUACGUUAAAAUGAUCGAUCAGAUCAAUCCCGAAUAUAAUAUUCAAAAUAGCAGUUUCCGUUUAAAAAAUGAAACCGUGAUUUGUGUUACACGUGAGCAGAAUACACGAGUUAAAACAAAUUCCAAGUCUGAAGAAUAAUUUUGAUAGAAUUGAAAAAUAUGUACAGGGUGCUAAAUUAUGGAGUAGAGGUAUAAAUCCGGUAUACUAUGAGUUCUUAUAUAAAUAUUUCUGUCUACCUAUUGCUCACUUUUUGACGUGUAAAUCGAUUUUGAAGUUCAUUGUAUAGAAAAAAACAAACUCCGAUAAAAAAACAAAAUUACAUAAACAUCUACAUAAUAUAUUAAAUAGGUUUAUUGUAUCCUCGCAAACUGUUUAUAUUUGCAGCGAUGUCGUAAGUUGACGUCCCCCCAUUUUUCCUUAUAGGAGCGGUUUCCGACUGAAACAUACUGUCGAGUCAUCAAUUAUUCAUUCAACUAUGUCUUAUUCAAACAAGCGUACCGUGAAAAAAUAAGUUUCUAAACGAAAAUUGUAAAAUAAUUUUUUUUAAAAAUCAUAAGAAAAUAUACAACAUAAAAAUGACUUCAAUGGUUUCUUCAUUCAAAAAUAAUCAAAACCCGAAACUAAUUGCAGCUUUACAUUAUCAACAGUAUUGCUGUACUCUAUUUAAACAAGUAGAGAAGAGGAAUCCGUAACGUCCCAUAGAAAUUUGUCGUUUAGACAAGAGAAAUAUCAAUUUUUAAAAAUCAAAUAUGGCUCUUAUUGUACACUCUGUAAUGUACCCAGCCCUCUCUCCCCCAUUAACCAUACUCCCUAAGCUAAAGAAUUAUAAUAAUCUAAAUCAAAAACCAAUAGCAAAAAACAACCUAUUAGAUGAAUUUUCUCGGUUUAACGACCGAAUACGAAAAUAUCAUACCAGGGAUUCGUAAGUUUUCUAUAAUUAAGAUUCAUAAAAAUGUGCAAUGAAUAAAAUUGUUUGAUAAAUUUAAACCGAACAUUUUCUUAAUUUUAAACUACACAAAACAGUUGUCCAUGAUUUUUGUCAAAAUUAUUACUCCAAAUACUCAAUAUUAUUAUAUAUUAUUUACGUACAAACAAUAAAAUUGUGACAUAACGGUAUAAACAUUUUGUUAUUCUUUUGAUCGGUAAGAAUAGUUAACAAUUAUAUGAUAAACAUUGUAACAAAUUUUCGAGCUUUCUGGCUAAGCUAAAUAAAUUAUCUAACAAAUCACUUGACAAUUAUUAUUGUUAUUACUUCAUUUAACAUCAUCUGCAGUAAUACCUAAGUGGAUGAUAUUUUUUUUUUUAAACCGCAUUCCCAUAUGGAAUACGUAGUCCGCUCGCCGUUUUUAUAGUCACCGCGAUUCUAAAAAAAUAUUAAUCAUUACGGUGUGGCACCGUUAUUAUAUAGAAUUGCAGACGAUCGGAACAAGAAAAAAAUCCACAGAAGCUUUGAAGUCAAACUACUUACUCGUUUACGAACACGAUAAAUACGUAUAGGUAGGUACGUGGUUUGUGCGCGGACAUAAAUCGUUUGUUUUUUAUUAUUUGUAUCGGUGGUAAUACCUCGGUGUUUACGCAGAAGUAUAAAAGUAGAUAGGAAAGAAUGUCCAUCGUCAAAAAAACGCGGAAAGUAUCUGCAGUGGUUGAACCUAUUAAAUAAUUCUAGUUUUACUACACCGGUAAAGAUUUUCAAUUAACCGCCGAGUCGUCGACCGAUAUUUUUUCUUCUUUUUAUAACGGAGUAAUUAAGUGGCGUUCAUUUUAAAUGAAAAGAUCGUGGAUAACUUCUGGAAAAUAUGAAGGGAUGGGGUCUCACACCCCUCCUAGUUAUGAUAUUUAAUAUUAUUUUUAAUAAUUACAAUAUAAAAAAAAAGAGCUGAUACUGGGAUUGAUAGAGCAGCUACUGUUGUAAGUGGAAAGUUGGAAAGGUAGAAUACAUAAAAUGAUAAAUGCCAUAAUUUUUACGAUUUUCGUUAAAAUUUCAUCUUAAAAUGCUUAUGAAAAAAAAAACUAAUGCAUUAAACUCAAAUUUGUAUUUUAGAUCACUAAUAACGACUUAUCAUUAUAAGUUAUUAACAAUUCCUGUUAGUCAUAUAAUUUUUAUAAUAGAUACCUACCAAACAAAAAUACACAAAAACACGAAAUUACCAAAUACCUAUAAACAGCCUGAAAAUAUAUUUUAAAAAGGUCAAUAUAUGGCCAAAUUCCAAAAAAAAAAAAUCAAAAUAAAAUAGUAUAUAAAAUAAAUAUCUAUUAUGUAAUUGAGUAUAAUAUUCAAGCUUUUAUUAUUACAGCAUGUAAUAUUAUAAUAUUAUAUUAUCGAUAUAAUCGUAAUGAAGUACUUAAUAAAACUGAAGUGGUAUUACCUAUUGCACUAUUAUUUUUGAAACAUUUGAAUAUAUUUCGGAUAUCACAGAUAUUACAGGUGUAUAAUACUUAUCAUUAUAUUAAUAUGUAUACUCAAAAAAAAAAAAAAAUAAAUAAAUAAAUAAGUAAAUAAUUGUAUUAUGUUUAUGAUGGCCUCCUCUCAAAAUCAAAUCCUAGAGCCGCCACUGAUGCUGGAAAACUCUUGGGUUUUGAACAGUAGGAAAACGUUUUUAAAAUAAUUCCUGAACCUUACUGAUCGCCAACGGACCUCUUAUAUACUCGUAUACAAUAUCAGAAAUCGAACGAGAACGGUCUUUGCCGCUUUGGGUUCGGACGUUUCGGUUUUUCAUCUGAAAAACGAUUGUUUUUAUUGUGUGUAAAAUACGCAUACCUAUGUAUAUCGUAUAUUUUUCCGUGUAGACUUGUCACGGGUAUUCGACUCGCUCGCCGCACCGUGAUGAUAUUAUUUUAACGUCAUUUAUGUGGAAAGUCACGCGGCGGAUUUACACGGAUCUUGUCGUCGCGGUGCAUUAACCCCAUCCGCAGCAUAAAAACGGUAUCGGGACAAGAAAUUUCCGGACAAAGUGUCUUUCGUCAUCGUAUAAUAUAAUUUAUGUAUACAUAAUUCGGUCGAGUAAGACAUUUGUGAAUGAAUAAAAAUACAAAUAAAAUACGUGAGCAGCAGAGUUCCGUCAUUAGAGUUGAAUUUAUAUUAGAGUUGCAUAACUGUCGUCAUGUGUAAUAUAUUAUACAAAAUGUCAUCCUUACGGCUUCAUUUGAGAGUUAAGUAAUGAUGUUAGAAGCUAAAACCGAAAAGUUCGGUUAUAAAUGUUUUAAAAAGACAUACGAUGUUCAUAAACAUAUGAUUUUCGAUCCACUUUGGAUUGGAUCCGAAUACUUCCCUCCUCCCCCUUUGACGGUUCCGAAUAAUAAUAUACUUUAUAACCCAAUCGGCUGUAUCGUAAGUAGUGUUAAUUUGUAUGUUUUAUGACGCAGCAAAACGCCCCACGAAACCCAAAAAUUGCUGUUGAGCGGCCAACUCAGAGAGGCCAAAUUUUUUGAUUUCAUGCGGAGUUUUGCUGCGCCAUAGAACAUACGAAUUAACACUACUAUCGUAUCUUUCGAAUUUUUGUACCUGUUUAACGGGUAUUUUUUAUUUUUUUUUUGCAAAAAUAUCUAUAAAACACAAUAACGAUUGUAUAUUGUUAUUAUAACGCUUGAUUUGAAUUAUAGACGUUAAUUUUUAUUAGUUUAUUAUAAUACAAAUAUUUAUAAAAAAAAAAAAAGAAGAAAAAAUCUAGGUAUACGUUUUAUUUUAUAGGACUCGGUCUCGAUUCCGUGCAGCUUAUUAUGCCUGCUUUAGGUACGUUUUAUGCGCGUUCCUAUUUUGAUUAACGACGUGACUAUUUUACCGGCCAAAUCGGUUCGACUGCGUUCGAUUAGUAUUCUCGCGGGCACGCGGUUUGUUUCAGCUGCAACGAGAAACGGCUACUGUAUAAUAAUGUGUGCCGUUUUAACCGUUCAGACACGUCCGGAACGAUUAAUUUAUGAAAUAGAAGGUAUUUAUAGGUAGGUAGGUACCGUUGUUCCGGAGGCAUAUUAUUCGAUGCACAUUCCCUCGAGUCGGCUCUACUUUUCUUACCGCGCACUUCGCGGUACGAACGCAAAAUGCACAAUAACACACAAUUAUUAAUAUCAAUCGUCUUCUGCGAUAAUCCGCCGACACGAUAAUAAAUAUUAUUAUACCGGCAUAGAGCCGUAGUUUAUGACUUUUCGGCCGUUUUAAAAGUGAUUCGAUGGUUAAAACAAACAAAAAAAAAAACCUAAUUUCUUUUUCACCGUAUUCUCGUAUAAAAGUGCUGAAUAAUAUUCGCACCGCUUGUUGGCGGAAAUUAUGGGAGGCUUGAGGGGUCUAAGCCCUGUCAAAAGUAUACAGUAAUUAUAAUGGCGAUUCGAACGGGACUAGUAUCAUAGUUUAUACGUUUUGAGCGGCUUAGACCCCUCAAGCCCCCUCCCACAAUUUUCGCCAAUGGCACCCAUGGCUGGGUCAUAUAAGUGUGGGAAGUUUGGAAAGGUAUGUGGGAUUUUAAUACUAAUUAUAUAAAUAUCUACUAUACCAAUAAUAAUUAAAUAUUGAAUAAUAUUCAUGAACUCUGUAUACCAGAUAUGGGCUAUAACUCAGUUAUCAGGUAUUAUUAUUAAUUUAAUUCGCUGUAAAUAAUAAAUUGUAACUGAUUUGCCUGAAUAAAUAAAUAAAAUAGUAUGCGUAUUAGUUUUUAUACAUUUGCAAUGCACGAUAAUAGAUCUUUGCAAGCGAAAACCAAUUUUUUUUUAAACUUAAAACGCUAAUAAAUAUUUGUAUUCAAAUAAAACAAAAACAAUCUGGCAAAUAUUAAAUACUGCAAAAACCGUGAGAAUAAUAUUUUGAAAAUCGUAUCGCGUCAAUAUAGUAUAAAGAUGUUAUAAAAUAAAAUAGCACAAAAUGUCCGAUGAAAAUUUAUUUCAAGUCUACAAUUAUUUUCCAACAUGAUUACUUCACUCAGAAUUUAAAAUGGACAUUCGAAAAAAACACCUAUUUCCCGGCACGAGUAAACGAAUGUCGCCUAAAGACAAAUUUUUAAAUGAUGCUCUCACAACCAUUAUGCCCAUCAUAAAAAAAAAAAAAUAACUUUAUCGAAACAACACUGUUAAAAUUGAUUGAUUACUAUUUGAUAAAUAUCAAAAUUAAAAAAUAUUUUAAACAAUUAAACUCUGAAUUUCCAGCGAUGUAGUAUAUUUAUUAAAACAAAAAAAGAAAUUAAAUAUUGGUAAGUAUAAAAGUAAUUGCAUUUGUCAAACAAUAUGCUGAUUGCUGAUCCAUCUUGUACAUAAAAUAUUAGAAAAUAAAGAAAAAAAUGUAAUAAAUAAAAUUGUAGUUUGAAAUAUUAAAAAUUCGGUUAUUGACAACUAGUAGGUAUCUGGGUAUCUAGGUUUUCCCAAUCUAUUAUCUUCAGUGACAGAUUGGGAAGACAAAAUCCAGAACUGAGAAAAUUGGAAUGCAGUGACGAUGGCAGCGAAAAUUCUUACAGAAUCGUAAAGCCAGACAAGAAGAAACAGGUAUCGAUUUAAAAUAAUUUCGUUAGAAAACUUCCAAAACUCAAGUUUCCACCUUCAAAAAAUUACAGGCCGGGGAAACUGCCCCCUCCCCUUUACUCGGCACAGUAGCUAUUGGUAUACAUAAUAACAUGACUAGCCAGAACUUAUUUUAAUGGGCGGUGUAGAACCCAAUCUAAGUAGUAGGAAUUUUCAAAACGUCGUUAGUUCCAACAAUUGUAUAAGUUUGAACAAUCAUAACACAUCUUAAACAUCACGUAAUGUGUUUCUAAAAUAAAAAAGUAGUUACACAAAAUUUAAUUCUGUGGUGUAUAGUAUUUCGUAUACAAUAUUUUGUUUACAUAGUUAUAUGUUUAUUAUAGUCGUGACCCGUUGCUCAUCGUAUCGUUUAAAAAAUGUUUAAAUCGCAUUAGUUGGCAUGCCAAUACAAAUGACAUUUGUUUAUGGGGCAGGGGAAGCUUUUCGUUUUUGGACAGUAGGGAGAAAUUCUUGGAAACCUUGUUACAUAUAAUAUAACGACUGGCAAUAGUAUUUUAAAAAAUAUUUAAAAAUUUUAAAAAAAAAUCGAAAAAUCAAGUUAAAUGCUCUUAAAUAGAAAAGAUAAAGCACACGGACACGCAGAAAAUGCCGAAAGCCACGAAACACGGAAGAGCGUGAUAAAAUUCGUGUACUGAAUCAUUCGUGUCACCUUGAAACGAUUUCUAUACAUACAUGAAUAAAUAUAGAAUCGAAAUACCACUUAGCGAGAUUGCAGUGUGCAGAGGUUAUGCAAAUGCGUGAACUUAAAAUUCGAGCCCUGACUAUAUAAGUAUAACUGCAUAAAGUUAAGGCCGUCAUUCGCGUGCACUUUGCAAAUAUAGAUAGGUGCAUAAUAAUAUACCCGACGAAGAUUUCCGCCAACGGCAUGUUCGCAACACGUAUUUAUACAUUACACGGCCGUACCUAUUAGGUAUGCGUUUUUAUUGAAAUCGAAUAUUGUUGGUAUGCAGAUGGUAGUAAUAGUUUUAUUUUAACGAUUGUGGAGUUGCGAAACACAACGAGGAGGCGACUGUGUAAGUACUCGCAUGGUAUACAGAUCGCGGAAAACCAUCGCGACUGUAGGACUCGUAGGAACGUGUUAAGGGAGUGUGAAUGUCAAUUAUUUAUCACACGAUCGUCGUCAUAACAACAGUAUUAUUUUAUAUUACUGUAUACAAAUUUCAACAUUCAUGAUCCUACUCGUGGUUUAUUACAAAUUGUCAACAUUAACAAUUCUUAACAGGUAAUUCAACCGGUUUUAACAUUUGUAUAUUGAAGGGCCUGCGCACGGUUUGUUUUUUUUUGCUUUUACUUAAAACCGUGAUUUACAGGAAAAGCUCUCGUGGUGCAAAUCCGAACAUUUUUUUUGUUUUUUUCCGUUGCAUAGAGAAAAACCUCCUACAUAAAUGGCGCAUUGUACAUUGAUAUUUUGAUUAUGUAAUCACAAACAAAAUUGUAAAAUGCGAUAACAAUACUGAAACAAUGGUUGUUCCUAAACGAUCGGGCGUUAUAUUAUAGGUAUAAUGAAAAAAAAAAACGCAUCGUCUUGCCCUCUGGUAAAUUGUUCUCUUUUAAUUUUAUAAUAAUCGAUUUUGCAUUAAAACUCACUAUUAAGCGAGUUUUAGGCAGUUGUAAUCGUCACGUUGCCCGUCAGUCGAACCCAGAGAGUGGACACGGGUGCGGCGUCCUCUUGAGAUUAAACCUCAAGGACCGAGCGCGCCGAGACCGUUCAGUUUAUCAGUUCUACAGUCUUCAUCCACAACUCGAGUAGCCAAAUUUGGCCGAAGACGGACGCGCCAAAAUUAAGCGAAUAGCCUCGAGUUUAGGCGACCGUAAAUAUCGAUUUUUAACAGCGCGGUCCAAGUUUCAAUCUCGUCGCGUCCCCGUACCGAACCGAACCAAUCCACGCUGUAUCGGUUCGGUUAGCUCGUUUGUCUUUUCGCGGUUUGACGUGCGCUCGGAGAAAAAAAACAAAUCAAUUAUCGAUUGCGAUAUAAUCUGUAUUUUUUAAACAAACCAACUACUGCGCGAUUGUUUAUAAUAAAAUGUUCGCUAUUACGUCGUACGCAAUUUCAUCACGUAAUAAUCGAUACGGGUAGGCGGUGUACUCCACUUGGAUAUAACGAAUUCAAAACGUUUCCGAGAGGAGAGCGAUUUGUUUUUUUUUCCCGAGUGGACCUAUCGAACGCACCAGUAAACCAACGGAAUCAUUAUUUUUUUCGAGUUGAUUUCCUCGGCGGACGAACAUUAUUAAAAUAUUAUGGUUAUCGCGCACGGUUCUGAUUAAGAGGACAUCACACCCGCAUCUACUGUCUCAGUCCAACUACCGGGUAACAUGCAAAAACAAUAUUUACGCAGAAUAAGUAAAACUAACUUAAUUUUGAUUUUAGAGUAAAAUUAUCUCUUAUAAUAUGUAGGGAAUAUGAAGGGAAUUUUAUAGGAUUUUUGUAGUAUUCAAAAUAUGUAGCUCGAUAUAAUAGAUACAAGAACCUUUUUUUUUUUUUUUAAAAAAUAACUGUAAUUUUUUCAAUACUUCAUAAUUCAAAAAACACCCAUAACGUUCUCUCCAAAAUAUUGUUCUCUUUACAUUUCAUAAUAGGUACUUUUAUUCUAAAAUCAAAAUUAAACUAGUUUUUACUUAUUCUGCGUAAGAAUUGUUUUUGAAUGCUACCCGGUAGUCGGACUCAGACAGCAUAUUAUGCGGGUAAGUAUAACGGGUGCUCUUAAUGGAAAACGAAUCGAUACAAUACCGCCAGGAAAGAAAAAAAUCGGACAUGCAAAACGCCGCGGAGAGAUAAAUAAUAUCAACGCGAUAAAAGACCGCGAUGGUUUCUGUGCUUUCGUGUGGGCGUACGCGCUAAUAAUAGAGACCGCAAGGAGCGCCGCCGCACACGUCGUGUUCCGUCCUAAACUCGAUGGGAAAAAAUACGAAAUCGCCGCGACGGUUUGGAAAAUAAUACCGCGUCAUUUCCGGACACAAUUAUUACGAACACAAUAAUAUAUUAUUUCAGUCGUUUCGAGUCACGAACGGGACCGUCGACGAAAACUAAUGCAACCUUUUUGUUUGUUUUCAAAUCCGAGUAACUACCCCCGCUUGUGGGCCUGUUUCUAUAGAAAAAUGAUGGUAAAAACAACAAAACACCUUGUUUGUUGCAUUUUUAAUCUAGGCGUUGAGUCGUUUUUCGAUUUUACCUAUAGUUUCUGUAUACCAUAUUAUAAUUGAGCCAAACCGAAAAAAAACGUUGAAAGAAACGGGAAAAUUUACGAAAAUAAUACUUUUAUUAUUUUCUUUAGAUUUUGUACUUAUUAUUAUUAUUUUUUUUUUAUGAUCAUUUGUAAAUAGAGACUUGAAAUGUCGAAAGAAAAUUUAUAUUUGAUUUUUUUAGACGUGGUCAAAUUUUAAAACCAUUUCAGAUAUUUUUUAGUUAUUUAUACAGAUAUUUUAAUUAUGCGAGGUUUUUAUGUAAUUGCAAAUUUUAAAGGGGGGUUUAUUAUAGGUCGUACUUAAUGGUCCAAAAAAAAAAAAUUAGUGUAGUUUUUUUUUUUAUAAGUUUUAAUAACAAAUUUUGACGAAUAUUACGGCCUUUCAAAACACGUAUAACUGAACUUCGCUUCGAAACGUCUUUUGUUAGCAAUGGUUUACCACUUAAUACUUAUACAGAUAUAAACUAAAACUAAAUAAACGCAUUUUUUCACUAAAAACCCAUCUCUGAAUUUGACGAUAUAAACAAUGUAUUUCUUAUAGAAAAACGGAUAACAAACCGAUAAAUUGGUGUGAGGAAGGCGUGGAGAAAAAAAUACGCUAUAUUAUGUCAAAGGGGAGGGACAUGUUAAGUUAAUUUUAAUCGGAUAUUACAACAGUUUGUGUUUACGGAGAAAAUCGCCGCGCUCAUUGUUAUUAAUCCGAGGUUAACGAAAAAAAAUAAAAUAAUAAUAUAGGUACCUCUACGCGUUGUUCGUCAUUCGUGAAAUCCGAAUUUCCUGAGUGCAAUUAUUAUCGAACCUAAGACCCGCAGAAUAACUAUACAUAUAUACACGUUGUUUUUCGUAUCGGUUCUCACGAAGAGAAAUUUAUUGGCGACAACGACCUACGCAUAUUAUUACCGCAUUUCCCCCCCCCGAAAAAUCGAAAACUGUUGUGACGAUCGCCGCGGUCGAGGCCCGGAAACGUUUUUAAAACAAUAAAAUUACAAUCGCGAGUCGAGCAGCGAAGUACCGCGGUCACCAUAAUUUUAACGUACCACAGCUUCUUUUAUGUAUUUAAAAAAAAAUCGAACCAUAAAAUUGCGCACGUAACAGAAGCGAAAAACUCGGGAAUAACAAAGUUGUUCGUCGUAUUGACUGCAUAUGGACUCCAGUGAUGGCUGGCUCGAACACGCCAUGCGAAAGGAGAGAACAAAGUUUGAGCGACAAACGAAUAUGUAAAUCAGAGGGGACAGCGGUCAUCCGGAGCGUUCUCCGACAGUUGAUAAGAAAAAACAGAAUUCAUAUCAAAACACCGGAAAAAUUAAUUUAAGAUACGUCUUUUCGUAAUAUUUUUGUAUCGUAUAAAUAUUCCACCCUAGAAUAUGUAUUUUGUAUACAGAGUGAUUCUUUUAUCUCAACGAUUAACUUUAAAAUUUAACACUAAAAGUAUUAAAUAUAUUUUUACCUAACCUAACCUAGCCUAACGAAAACCUUUAACCGAACUCCGGUCGUUUUUCGUUUACAGCGAUUUAUGUGAUUAGCUCCAGCAUUUCGGUUUAUAUAAUUAUUAUCGGGACAUCAAGGAGUUCGUUUUAUACUACAGCGGUUCCCGUGCGCCUACGUUUUUGAUUGAAACGAAUCGCAUGGGCGCUCUGAGAAAAUUUCACUUCAAAAAAAGAACCGCGAGUCGAGAAAGUUUGAGUAGCACUGUUAAGUACUAUACAUUUAUUAACAUUAAUAUUAGCUCCGUUUAUAAUAUAGAGAAUCGUAUGGAGAUGACAUAAAUACCUACCUAUAUUGUAGUGGCCAAGAAAAAUAUUAGGUGACCCGGUCGAAACGUAUAAUAAUGUAUACAGCGUGAUCCGAAUAAUGAUUAAUCGCGAGCGUAGACCGACAACUGCGAUUAUUAAAAUAAUAUAUUCGCAUACAAUAAUAUUGUAUCGUAUACCCGAAAACAAAAAAACCGUACGGUAUAAAAUAUAGGUGAGUAAACUUUCGUCGGUCGAGCAUGUAGGUUCAUCGACGGGAAAUGUCUGCACGUACGACGCCGCGCAAAAAACAAGCGCCGUUAUCGUACCCAUAUUGUUAUUACACGGGUGUAUAAGGAGGAGGUAUUAUUAUCAGCUAAUAUAAUAAAAUAAUAUUAUAUCCCGUGAGUACGCGAUUUCGCAUUACGCCGCCAUUGUUCGGGUUAUUAUUUUAUAAUUUUUUUUCCCCUAAAAAAAAAACUCGCCAAUCGCCGGGGCCCGGUCGUCCGCGGAACGGUUACCUAUAUACUAUAUACCCAUAGCUAUAACGCCUAACCGCUUUCCGAGGUUAGUACCGCUAUAUGCACACGUAUUUGGAGGGGAAAAAAACUAUAAAAAAAAAAAAAAAAAAACGACGCAUAAUAACGUGAAAAUCGACGGGCGACCGGAAUAAUAACGUGUCCAUAGGUAUGACAACAAUAUGAUAUCAUAAUGGUAUAAAACGUGCACCCGAGACGACGGCGACAUAAUACAGUGUUCCUGCAAUAUGCAAAUAACGAAUUAUAUACUAAAUAGGUGCACUCGUGAUAAAGACGAUCAUAAUAUAGUCAAAGAGCCCCACAUAUUACCGGCGUUUGGUUUUUGUUUUUGAGGGGAGAGCCGGUUCAUUGUAUUUUUUUUUUCGUGUCACUAUGAAAAUUCAAAAAAAAAUGUCACCAACUUCACUACAUAUGGCGACUGUAUAACUGAGGUGGCGUUACUACAGGCGCUACGCCCGAGAUCGCACUUUUUAUUUACAUUUAAUCUAUAUUCGAACUACUACUGCAUUCGGGUCGAAAACAGAUAUAAAGGUGGAAAUGCGCUUGGAUAGAAAAAAAAAAAAAAAAAGGUUAGAAAAUACUCGUUUCCCUUCCCGCGUACUAACUGGCUGAGGAGUGAGGCGCAUGAAGGUUGGCAACGGUUUUUUAACUGUCGGCGGGGUUGUAAAUGAGUUUUUUAAACCAUGUAUGCAAAAAUUAAUUAAUUUCUAACCACGUCAAUGGUUGAAUUGUUUGUGGAAAAGGUAGCAUAUAAGUGUAUUUAAAAAUUUUAAAUAGAGUUUAUUUUUUCGAACGUUUUCUUUUAAAAUGUAACAAUCUAUAUCAAUUAAUCAACGUAACCCUGGCGGUUUUGAAAAAUUCUAAAAUGGACAUUAUUGUAUAGACGCAAUUCAUUCAAUAACAUUCAACAAUACCUGUCUUAAGUUUACUUAAAAGAUAGCCGUCGCUCUGUCAUCGACCAACUGUAUAAUACAUAAGGUGAUCCAUUUAACGUAAAUAAAUUCGUUAAUUAGCAAAGUAUUGAAAAAAAAAAUUGUUUUUAUAGGUAAUCUAAGAAAAAAACCGCUCUAAAAUGUUACAUUACUAUUGAUUUUCUGUCAACCAUUGCAUCCCCAAUGUUGAAAAUCCCGACUUUAUUACAGUAUACCAAAUAAUAUUAUAAUAUAUAAAUGUGCAAUUUUGAUAAAAUGGCCAAAAAAAAAAAUCAACAUUUUAUCGUAUAGUACAAUUAAUGUACUGUGGCUCGCAGAGGAAUUCCGAGAACACGCGGUGAACAAAAGUAUCCCCACCUACGAUUUUUUUUUCUGUUAAAGCUUUUCUAUGGUACUUAUAUUAUAGGUACCUGCAGUAAUAUCGAUAACGACUGUUCGCACAGUCCCGACUAUCGAACUUAUAAAAAAAAAAAAAAAAAACAGGGUAUCUAACAACACGAAUAAUUUUUGCAGCUACGAAAUAACAUUAAAAUACGAUUUAAAUAACUUGUCCGACAAUAAAAUAAAUAAACGCACUCGCCUGGCCUGUUCAAAAAUAUCUAAAUAUAUUAUUUUUUUCAUAUCAUUUCAGAUACUCGGCAUUGUCUGUUUGGCGCUCGCCUCUCCGGCCCGGUUAUCGGGUACCAAUUGGUUUCUGUUUGUGGUCAUCAUCAGUUUCAUCGCCACCGCCAUUUGGUCAUUCGUCUACCUGCUGUCCAUUAGGGAAGCCAUCAAUUUUCCUAUCAACUGGGUGCUCUCGGUAAAAAUAAAUCUGCUUAAAGAAUUAUUCGUUGUCAUACGUAUACUGGUUUUGAAAAUAACCGUCACAAAAUUAUAAUAUAUUAUGUAGAUGACGUUUAUUGUCGCCGGCAAUAAAUUAUUACUAGAGCUGUGAAUUUAAUGCAGUGAAAAACCUUAAAAAUGCACAAAAAAAUAUGCAUUUAAAAUCUCAAAAAAUGCAAUAUAAAAUGGUUUUUAAUUUAGUUGUAAUAAUUAUUUUGAUAUUACUGAUAAUAGUAUAUUAUAUACAAUAUACAUACAAAUUUAUUUAUUUAAUAAAAACAAUUUCUUUUAAAAAAAUUACAAAAAUAUUCAUUGGAUUUGAAUGUUGAAUAAGUUGAUUUCUACAAUAUUGACUUAUUUUGUCUUUACUUAACCCGUAUACAGCUUGUGUAAAAUAUUAUUUUAUAAAAUAUAUAUUUAACACAGUCUGUGUAAAACAAACAAAUAUGUGUGUAUACAGAUGUUCAUUGACAGAAUUUGAUUGAAAAUACCGGAAAAUUAACUAAAAAGAAAAAUAUGACUUAAAAAGUCCAAAAAAUGCUAAAUAAAAGUUUCAUAAAUUAAUUUUUUGUUACAUAAUUCAAAUUAUGUACUUAGAAAACUACGUUUCACAAUCAGCUAAAAAAAAAUGCGCAUUUCUGUAAAUUCACAGCCCUAAUUAUCACCAAUGUCUGGAUUUCGAUAAAUAAUACGAAUUAUUAUAAUUUAUCAUCCGUGGCUGCGUUAUUAAUAAAUCAUAAAUAUUAUUUAUCGUUAAAAUCCGUACCUAUGUAAUGUAUCGAUUUUACAGGAAUUUUGCAACACUCUCCUGUUGACCGUCCUGUACAUGGUGGCCUUCAUCGUGCAGCUUUCAGCCUGGACAAGACCGCUGUACAAUUCUCAAUACAAAAAUUCCAACAUUGCGGCCGGGGUAAGUCUACACUCUACGGUGGGUCAUACGGAAAAUAAUUUGUUUUAUGUUGAAAUUUAAAGCCUUAAGAUUUUCGGUUUUCUUAACUCUUAGCUGGGGAAUAAACCAUAAUAUCUUGAGAUGCUAAUUUUCAUAAAAGUUUAAACGACUCUUAUAAAUUAUUCAAAUUAUACCACAAAGCGAUUUGUAAACAAAUUCCCAUUAAAUGUCUUUUGUCGUUUCACUAUUUGUUUAUUUUUCUAACAAGAAAAAAACAGGAACAUCCGAACAUUUUGAAUAAUAUUCGAUCAUAUAAAUACAAUACGUAAUCAUACGUAAUCUCUUAUCUUUCAAUAACAAAUUAUAAGAGAAUUAUUUGAAACAAAUAUUCAUUAGACUAUUGUAUCUAAUUAAAUUAAACAUAAUAAUUAUCAAAAUUAAUUUUGAAUAAUAUAACUAGAUAUAUUUUAUAGUUCAAUUUACUUAAGUAGGUGUAAUUUUCAUUCACGUUUAUCCUCAGAUAACUUAGAUAAACUUCAAUGCAUCUUUUCUUGGUUCUACACUGAGGUCUCUUCUCCUGAUGCUUCCAUUCUAGCGCUACUCUAACAUGACAUCAUCAUAAUUUCCUCUCAACAUAAUAUAGCCUAGCCAAUAGCCAUUAUAUUCCUUGUCCUUUAAUUAAACUGGUCACUGGGUCCAAGUAUAUCAGCUGCCGCCUCAUAUAUAUUCUCCAUCAACUAUUUAUUGUUUCAUCAUAAACAGUGUCACAGAUUAUUUUCCACAAAAAUUUACUAUGCUUAGGUACUAAAGACCCGCAAGGGCCGGGCUGACCAGGCUCAGUCUUCUAUAAGCUCGGCCUGUAAUAAAUUGGACCGAACCAGGGCCUUAAAAAUAUAAAACCGGGCCGAGCCUUGACUUUUUUUUUAUUCAAUUUUUUGGACCUGAUCGGGCUUAAAAAAGACGUCCUCGGACUGGACCGAUAUUUUAGUCAUGGAAUUUUAGGAAGAGCCAGGUUGGGCUUUUUUAACAUAAAUUAUUUUGGACUGGAUCGUACCGGGCUUACAAAAAAUAUCAUCGGACCGGACCGGGUUUUUUUAAGUUGUGGAAUUUUAUAAUGAGCCAGAUCUGGAUUAUUAUUAUUUUUUGGUUUGGUGUUUCAAAAUGUAUUAAAAUAAUCAUAAUUAAAUAAAAUAAAAAUCAUAAUAUGUAAUAUACUACCGACUAUAUAGUAUCUAAUUCAAGGAUAUACGUAUUACAUAAUAAAUAUUAAGUUUAAUAAUAAAGCAAUGAAAAAAAUCAUCUUUGUCAAUCAACACUUUUUAAAAGAUUAGAGUAUUAUCGUCAAAUUGGGCUUGGACUUUAUUAUAUUUAUAUUUUGGACCGGAUCGGAUAGGACUUUAAAGAAAUGCAAUAAGACCGGACCAGGCUUUUUAAAAAGCGUAGCAUUAUUUUCGGGCUGGGCCUGGCUUUUUUUUACAACAAAAAUUUUAGACCGUAUCGGACCAGACUUUAAAAAAAUGCCAUCAAGCCGGUCCGGGCUUUAUAAAAAAUUUAACAUUAUUUUCGGGUAGGGCUAGGGCUUUUUUUUUUGGAUCGGACCGGUCCAAAAAUUGAUGGUCCUUGCUGGUAUAUACUAGGUACCUACUAAAAAUUAGAUUUCAUAUUGAUUUUGAUUUAUUUUUUAUGCCAUAAUCAUAGGUGUUUGGUAUCAUCAAUACGGCAGUGUACGGAACAGGCGUGUACCUGAUAUUCAACGAUUGGAAAAAAUCGAGAACAGCUACAGUCCAACAGUGAUAUGCAAAUAUGCAGUGCCUCUCCUCAAUUGCAUUCUUUCCAUAUGUUUUACAAAAAUAACUAUACAUUGAUAUAUGACCUACCUACUCGAUCACUGAUGGUCGAAAAUCUCACCGAUCCAUUUAAGUUAAAGGCGAAAAAAUAAAUUGCACAGCAUAAUAUGCGAGUAGAUAUACUUUUUUUUGGAUGUUUUCAUCAAUUCGGUUGGCAAAAAUAAUAAACUCAACUGUAUUGUUAUUAAUUGUACUCACAGAAACAAGCACCUAUAAGUAUUGAUUAUAUAUUUUAUAAUCAAUGCAAUAAGUAAGUAAAUCUAGAAGUGAAAAAUAUUCAAAAACAUUGUGAAUUUUUAACGCAUUCAAUUAUCAAUAGAUAUAUAAUAUAAUACUUUUUUAUUAUCAUGGAUACCGCUGUUUUAAAUAUUUAAAAUUUUGAUUUUCACAUCUUAUUGUAUUGAUUAAAUUUAUAUGGAUUACAAUAAUAAUAAUAAUAAUAAUAAUACUUCACAAGAAUUUUUAAAUUAUUUGUAAAUACAUAUUUAUUUUAUGUUAAUCCUAAAUGUUUUAGUGCUUAAUUAUACAAAAAUAUUAUUAUUUUAUAGCAAACAAACUAUAAUUUUUAAUAUACCUAUUUGUUAUUCACCUAUAGGUACAUUAAGUUAUAAUUAAUAAGUAUAUUAUCAUUAAGUCAAAUAAAAUUAUAUUUGUACUUUUUUUGUAUUUUCUUUAAAAUUAUAUGCGUUAAUUACUUUA